GGUGUUGCUGGGUUGUGUGGUGCUCCUCCCCGAGGCGACGGUAGUCAAAGCAUGUCAGUCUGGCACUGAGACGGGCACGCAGGCCCCGGCUGAGGAGGCUGCAGGGAGGGGAGCCCUGGGCCUGGCAGAGCUCUGGCAUGACAGUGGUGGUGUUAGGGAGGGAGACACCUUCCUGUGCAGGGGUUCUCUGCAUAAAGUACCUAGGUUGGAGUGUAUGAAUAAGCUGGCUUAAGCUUGGAAUACUUCUUGACAAGUUCUCAUGUAAAGUCUGCCUACGUUGCACUGCUGAUUGAGUCAAAUGUAGCUGGUUUGAGCAUCCUGUUCUUUUCCAGCCUUCUCCCUGCCCUACACUCUGAGUGUUCCCCGCUCCUGCCCUCGGGGUGCUGCGUCGUCUUCCCUCGUAACCUGAAGUAUUGUUUUACAGCCCAGACACAGCUGUCGCCAGUAGCCAAUGUUAGCCAUAGCUCCUUUGUACUGAAACCAAUAAAGGUGGAAGAAAGCGUCCGGCCGCCCGUCCCUGCGCCGCCACGUCAGGGGCCGCCCGCCCCCGCGCCGCGCCUCCCGCCCCGCCCCUUCCCUUCCGCCGCUUCCGCCGCCGCCAUCGCAGCGAGCGCCCGCAGCUCCGCGCCAUGUCGUCCCACAAGACGUUCAAGAUCAAGCGCUUCCUCGCCAAGAAGCAGAAGCAGAACCGGCCGAUCCCGCAGUGGAUCCGCAUGAAGACGGGCAAUAAGAUCAGGUACAACUCCAAAAGGAGACACUGGAGAAGGACCAAACUGGGCUUGUAAGAGAGUGUCCCCUGGGAGCUCUAAUUCAAACUCGUCUUUCUGCUGUGUUGGGCCACCCCCAAGGGAUUCCCUCACUAGCGUUGGACUGCAGUCCCCGUGGUUUCGGGUGGUGUUACAAGCUAGUCUGGGAUGUCGAUGUUAAUGAGGAAAAUCUUCAAGUCAUUUGCAUCUGAAGCAUGAAGACUGUGUUUGAUUAGUGUUCUUCUUUCAGGCACCAUCAUGAGUAGUGACAGUGUACAGGUUUACUAAUAAAUACGGACCUGAAUGA